AUGAAAACAAGCAAGUAUAUAAUGGCCGCUAAAACAGAAACAGUUCAGGGACAUAACAACGAGACUUUAGAAGUUGUCAACGAUAUCCCUAUUGAUAAACAAAUUGAAGAGUUAAUCAGAUCCCAUAAAGAGUUAAGCAUCACAAGGUCAUCCAUUGUUAAGUUUAACUACACUGGUGGUGCUGAUCCUGAAGGAUUAAAACUACUCCCUGAGUCUUCAAGAAGGAGAAUUGAAGAAGAUGGUCUUGACGUCUCCCAAGGUUAUCCAGAGAUUCCACCAAGGUCUGAAAUCCCAAUUUUCGUUGAUGAAGCUUAUGCUAUAAGAGCUGAAGAUGCGCCUUUUGUCGAAAGGGGUAAGAAUGCAGAUCCGGAGAAAAAGGCCCUAUUUGGUGCUGCCAAAGAAGUGAUCCACUUGACCAAAAAUGUUGGUACUGAAAUUGUCGGUUUGCAACUUGCAGACUUGACUGACCAACAGAAGGAUGAGUUGGCUCUUCUUGUUGCAGAGAGAGUCGUUGUUUUUUUCAGAGACCAAAAACUUCCACCUACUAAACAACAUGAAUUGGGUAAGUACUUGGGUAACAUUGAAUAUCAUGCUCAAGUUCCCCAUGUUACUGGUUUACCGGGAGCAACUGUUAUCUGGAACGACUACCUUAACAAAAAGGGAUCUAAAUUGAACUACGCUAAUGCAAACUUGGCAAACUGGGAUGUCUUACGGAACCCAGGUUAUGGUAACCAAGUUUGGCACACUGAUUUGGUCCACGAGCAUCAGCCUGCUGGUUAUACCCACUUACAUUUAGAUGCGGUUCCCUCUACUGGUGGAGAUACGAUCUGGGCAUCUGGUUAUGGUGCUUAUGACAAACUAUCUGAUGAAUUUAAGAAGUUUUUGGACGGCAAAAAGGCGGUUUUUCUUUCUGCCCACACCUACCUAGACAGAAACGACCCAUUGGGUGGUCCUAAGAGAGUUGAAAGAAUUCACCCAUUGGUUAGAACACAUCCUGCAACAGGUUGGAAAUCCUUGUUUGUUAACAGGGGGCUAACUAAGAGAAUAAUUGGUGUUUCUCCAGUCGAAUCAGACCUUAUCCUAAAUUACUUGUUUGACGUUUAUGAGAAAAAUGCAGACAUUCAAGUAAGAUUCAAAUGGACACCAACAAAACAAGGUUAUGGAACAUCUGCUAUCUGGGAUAAUAGAAUCUCUCAGCAUAGGGCAGUUUGGGACCACGAAGGUGAGGAGCCAAGACAUGGUACUAGAGUUACCUCUUUGGCGGAAAUUCCAUUUUUUGAUCCGGAAUCAAAAUCUCAAAGAGAAGCAUUGGGCAAACCAAUUCAUAAAUGGGAUUAA